UUUUGCAUCUCGCCCGGCCCCGCAGACACGAGCAACAUACCAGAGCACUAGAGCAGGGUCAAAACCCCGUCUCCUAUCACCCGCCCCCCUAUAUAUACGCCCUACACCCGUCUACCCAUCACCUCUCUCACUCCCGUUUCGCUCCCUCUCAUACCAAGAAACCCAAGGCGCCGGCGUGCACGGCCAGUCCCAUCCCAUGUGUAUGGGAGGACCUCCCGCGCCGCCACGGCAGGAGGAGAACGAGCCGGUGCUAGAGGUGCGCGUGCAGCUGCUUGGCGGCGGCGGCGCGCACAACAUCAACGACAACGCCGAUAUCCUCUCGGAGAUCCUGGCACGCCUCGACGGCCGCUCGCUGGCCGCCGCCGCUGGCGUCUGCCGCCUCUGGGCCGCCGUGUCGCGCCGGGACGCCGUCUGGGAGGAGCUCUGCCUUCGCCACGUGGGCCCGGCGUCCGGCCCCGCCGCGGCGGGCCACGCCACCCGCACCGUCGUGGCCGCGCUCGGUGGCUACCGCCGGCUCUACCGCCUCUGCCUUGGCCCGGCGCUCGACCGGCUCGGCCGCGCCGGCGCACUCGCCCACGCGCAGGCGCGGGAACGCCUCUCGCUCUCCUUGUCUCUGUCGCUCUUCUCCAUCGACUGCUACGAGCGCCUGGGCGGCGCGGGCGGGGGAGGUGCAGCCGGCAGGCAGCAACCACCGUCGUCGCUGCUCUUCCUCUGCAAGCCCGUGGACGUGUCCUGAUCAACGGCCACGCGCGCCAUUCCAUCGCACGCCUCCUCCCACUCAUGCAUUCAACACCGGCCGUGCGAACCAUCCGACCGCCGUACGUCACGUCCCUGGCCGGAGGUCAACAUAAUCAGUCGUUGAGUUUACCCAUUUUCAGCACGCGCAGUAAGGAUUAUUACUACUAUUAGUUAAUUAACUCAUUUUAAGCAUUUCAAGCUGUACCUGAGGCCCAUUGAAUAUGGAAAUAAACUAGUGAUUCUUUC